AUGUCAGUAGCGGUCGGCAACAGGUUCCAAGGAGGGAAGGCGUUCGGCUUGCUCAAAGCUCGGCAGGAGAAGCGGCUGGAGGAGAUCAACCGGGAGUUCCUCUGUGACCAGAAGUUCAGCGAUGAAGAGAACCUGCCGGAAAAGCUUGCAGCCUUUAAAGAGAAAUACAUGGAGUUUGACCUGAACAAUGAAGGCGAGAUUGAUCUGAUGUCUUUAAAAAGGAUGAUGGAGAAGCUGGGGGUACCCAAAACCCACCUGGAGAUGAAGAAGAUGAUCUCGGAGGUGACAGGGGGUGUCAGCGACACCAUCUCCUACCGAGACUUUGUGAAUAUGAUGUUGGGCAAACGGUCAGCUGUCCUCAAACUGGUCAUGAUGUUUGAAGGAAAAGCCCAUGAGAGCAGCUCAAAGCCGGCUGGCCCGCCUCCAGAGAGAGACAUUGCCAGCCUGCCCUGA